AUGCCACGAAUCCCCGAGAGCGCCAUCGAUGUCGAUCGAUGUCUCGAUGUUACAGGAUUCAGUUACAGCGCAGUCUGGGCCCGCGCAUACAUGGAGAACUACGAGCCGCUCGGCACGAUUGGCGAGGGCACCUACGGCGUGGUGCUCAAGGCGCGGCACAAGGAGACCGGGCAGAUUGUUGCCAUAAAAAAGUUCAAGGAGUCGGACGAGGAUGAGCAGGCGUGGUAG